UUACCUGUACAAGGUCCGUGGUCGAAACGGACCUAUUAUCUAUAGAAACGCAGCUGUUGUUGUACCGGUACGUCGUGCAUUAUUAGCGGGAUUGUUUGAAUUAUUCUGCAGUAGGUUGUCCGGUCUUAAUGGUCCUUAGCCGUCAUGGAAAAAACGUUUUGAAUUUAACGGCCGUGUUAACUGUAUACAAAACGUAGUUCGUCAAGCGCCCGCCGUUGCCGUUGUCGCCAGUCAUUUGAGCGUUGUGUUGCCAAAUGCCAAACUUGCUAUCGAUUAUUAGACCCGAGAGACGAGACCGGCCGCGCCCGCGUGUGUGCUGUACUGUGUUUACUGUAUAGUAUGUAUAGCUAUUACCGACUAAUUUAUUGUAAUUGUGUUGUUUCCUGUCGAUUUAAUUAUCAAAUGUUUUUGUGGUGAUUGGUGAUUAUUAAUUCUUAUCGUGCACCGCUUUGGAUUGUACGCGAUAAUAAAAACUUGCAGAAUGAAUGAUAAUGAAAGUAUUGAGGUGGAUGAAAAUAAUUGUAUCAAAGUUGAAGUGGAUGAAGUUGAUGAUUAUUUUUACAUUGAAAGCCUUAUAGAAGUGGAAGAAGAAGAAAAUGGGUUAUUGGAUGUGGAACCAAUAGAAGAAAACAAUGUAAAUAAAACACUUUUAUAUGACUGCAAUAUUUGUCAAAAGGCAUUUGCUACCAAAAAUCAAAUCGCACAUCAUAUGAAAGGAUUUCACCCUGAGAAUGUCCAAACAGGGCUUGAUGAAAGUUCAGAUAAGAUGAGCAAAAUUCUGUUAGAGGAAGAUGAAAUAAAAACGGAAGUGGAUGAAAUUGAUGGGUGGUAUUUCACGUCACAGAUUCAUGUUGAGAACACAGAGCUGGAUGACACUGUCAACGAAGAAGAAUCAUUUAUAUGCAAUGUGUGUAAUAAAUCAUUUCCCACUAAAAAGAAAAUGGUACAUCACUUGAAAAAAACACACAAUAAUUUUUAUUCAACAUCAAAGAACUGUCUCCCAAAAAAAUAUCAUAAAAAUCAUCAAGUGUUCAUACACAAUGGUAGGAAAUAUUACCAAUGUGAUGUUUGCGAGAAACGUUUCAGUUGCUCGUCUAAUCUCAAUCAACAUCGAAAGGUUCAUAGUGGAGAGAAACCCUAUGUAUGUGGCACAUGUCAUAAACCGUUUGCCCAGAGCUCUUGUCUCAAAGUACAUGAGCGUAUGCACAGUGGAGUGAAACCAUUUGCAUGCAGUAUUUGCGAUAAAACAUUUAAUCAGAAUAUAGAGCUGAAGGUUCAUGAACGAAUGCAUACAGGCGAAAAACCGUUCAAAUGCAAUGUCUGUAGCAAAUGUUUUACAUGCUCAUCUAAUCUCAUUAGACACCAAAAAGUACAUAGCGGAGAGAAACCGUAUGAAUGUGAUGUAUGCCAAAAAACAUUCACUCAGAAGAUAUCACUCAAAAUACAUCAGCGUAUUCACACUGGGGAGAAGCCCUUCAAAUGCCAAGAUUGUCCUAAAAGCUUUACUUGUUCUUCAAAUUUCACUAAACACCGGAGGUUGCAUAGUGGAGAAAAACCCUAUGUGUGUAGCGUUUGUCAGAAAUGUUUUACUCAAAAGAUUUCGCUCAAAAUACACGAGCGCACUCAUACUGACGAGAAACCCUAUAAAUGUGAAGUUUGUUUAAAAUGUUUCACAUCGUCGUCCAAUCUUAUUAAUCAUCGGAAAGUUCACAGCGGAGAAAAACCAUAUAAAUGCAAUGUAUGUUUUAAAUCAUUUGCCCAAAACAUGCAUCUCAAGGUGCACAAACGCAUGCAUACUGAUGAAAAGCCGUAUAAAUGCAAUAUUUGUGAGAAGUCUUUUGCCCACAACUCAAAUUUAAAAGUACACGAGCGUAUUCAUACUGAAGAGAAAUGCUAUAAGUGUCAAGUUUGUGUUAAAAGUUUCACUUGCUUGUCAAAUCUCAUUAGACAUCGUCAGGUACACAGCGGAGAAAAACCAUAUAAGUGCACAGUGUGUGAAAAAACAUUUGCCCAAAACAUGCAUCUCAAGGUUCACCUUCGCAUUCAUACUGGUGAAAAACCUUAUAAGUGCAGCAUAUGCGAAAAACCGUUUGCGUCAAAUUCAAAUUUAAAGGUGCACGAACGGGCGCACACCAAUGAAAAAUCAUAUAAGUGUGAUGUGUGUAGUAAGCGUUUUACUUGCUCUACCAAUCUUAUUAGACACCGGAAAAUACACAGUGGUGAAAAACCUUAUAGUUGCUCUAUAUGUCAAAAAGCAUUUACAUAUAGCGCUUAUCUUAAAGUACAUGAGCGCACUCAUGCUGGAGAGAAAUCAUAAAUUGUAGACCACCUUUGCUUCCUAAAAACAUAUUAAACCAUAUGAAAGCAUGCACUUUUUACAAAAAAAAAAAAUUGUGAUUCACUAGCUCUUAAUCUCGCUUUACCAGCAAGUGCGCCGUGAAAAGUUUAGUAUUGAUAAAUUAUUGCUUGCACAAGAAAUUAUUCGAUCAAAAUAUUCACAUUAAUUCAUAUUUUAUUUCAUUAUUAUAACUUUUUUGUAUUGAGUGUGUUUAAUGUAAUAUUAUUUGUCCAAGUCGUCCAGCUGCAAAAGUUACGAGUUUUUUUAUGUACCUUUUAUAAAAUUAAUGGAAAAAAUACUCUAGUUGUCUAGCCAUAGACACGCAUUUUUAUAAAAUUUUAUCAAUGAAUAAAAUAAUCAAUAAUCAUCAAAUAAUAAGUACUACGUUUUUAAACAUUUUCUGUAUAUACCAGCUCGAAGACCUAUUAGUAAUAGAUUUACUAGAGCAAGAUAUUAAUUUCAGUAAACAAAUAAUUGUAUUACCUUUAGCAUCUGGCCGAUUCAUUUUUUUACUUUACAAAUUUGAAAUUUUGUAAUUAUUUUAAUUUUAAUUUUGUCUGCCAUUAUUCGAUUUUAAGAGGACAAAAAAAUAAUGACAUUAUUUUUGAUAGUAUGUAUUUUUAUGUUCAUGGAAUUAACCAAUUUGUAAUCGACCGUCAAACGGCAAGUAUAUUAUUUUUCCUUUCCUGUACUCUACACAGCAUCAACUUUAAUUGAUAGCAAACGUCAAACAUAAUAUUAAAUUAAAAUGUAUUAUAAUAUAAUCAACACGAAAUUGUAUGUAAAGACAUUAAAUAAUCGUGUCACAAUAAAUUAAUAAAUACAUAUGCACAAGUUAUAUAAUUAUAUUGUCAAAUCAUGUAUGAAAGUUUAUUCAACAGUACUGUAUUUUUUUUAAUUAA